GAGAUUUUGACUUAAAUUACCGAAUUGAGAGGGGAAAAUGGAGGGGGUAGGGGCGAGACUGGGAAGGUCGUCGACUCGAUAUGGACCAGCGACCGUGUUCAGCGGCCUUGUGAGGAAAUGGAAGAAGAAGUGGGUCCACGUGUCGCCCUCUAACACUGCCAAUCAUCAUUCUUCUCACUCUAACGGUACCAAUGGUAAUAACGGCUCUCAUCUCCUCCUCUACAAGUGGACUCCCUUAUCUCAGAGUAACAAUAACAACGGCGACAAAAAUACCCCCGAGGAUGACAACGCUGUCGCACCAACGGAAGAGCCACCUAGGAAGAAGCUCCGAUACAUUCCGCUGAUGAUGCAGAUUGCUGUACUAGAGGAACAGAAGAAAGAAGUUGCAGAAAAGGCUGAUGAGGAAGCUAAACCAAGCGAUACUGAUCCAUCUGCUGGCGCAGAGUCCAAAAGUGAUGGUUCCAAUGGAAAACCUGGCAGUAAUGAUGUGCCAAUGGAAGGAGCUCAGGCAUCAGACAAGGAUCAAUCAGCACCACAAGAAUUGACUGAAACCAAUUUGGAUUUAAGUCUGGGUUUGAAAGCCCGUGAUGGUGCUCGGGAUGCCAAUCAAAAAACCGAAGAUCAGACCAACCAGAGAGAGUGAACUGAGCUGCUGUUGGGAGUUGGGACAUGAGAUGAAUCC